GGUUUUUCGAGCAGUUGAAGUCAUUUUUCAAAAACAUUUGGCACCUCUGAUCAGAAAAUAAAUUUGACAGAUCACAUCUUUGGGUUUUGUCUCAAAUGUUUUGUGAGGUAAAUGUUUUGAAACAAAACUAUACAAGUUAAAGCAAUUGUAAAAUGACGGAACAGCAAAUGGAUUGUGCUUUGGAUUUAAUGAGACGGCUUCCACCUCAGCAAAUCGAGAAAAACUUGAUCGAUUUGAUUGACCUUGCUCCAGCUUUGUGUGAAGACUUACUAACUUCGGUUGAUCAACCUUUAAAAAUAGCAAAAGAUAGGGAAACAGGUAAAGAUUAUUUAUUAUGCGAUUACAAUCGAGACGGUGAUUCAUACAGAUCACCUUGGUCAAAUACCUAUGAUCCACCACUAGAAGACGGAUCAAUGCCUUCUGAACGCCUACGCAAGCUGGAAAUUGAAGCAAAUCAUGCCUUUGAUCAGUACCGCGAAAUGUAUUAUGAAGGUGGUGUAUCAUCUGCUUAUUUAUGGGAUUUAGAUCACGGUUUCGCGGGGGUUAUCUUAAUAAAAAAAGCAGGAGAAGGAAAUCAAAAAACGAAGGGAUGCUGGGAUUCGAUUCAUGUAGUAGAGGUACAGGAAAAAAGUUCAGGAAGAACUGCGCACUAUAAAUUGACUUCGACUGCCAUGUUAUGGUUGCAAACUCAAAAACAUGCUUCUGGUACGAUUAAUCUUGGGGGUAGUUUAACAAGACAGAUCGAACAGGAUGCACCAGUUAGUGAGAGUAGUCCGCAUAUUGCCAAUAUUGGACGUAUCGUAGAAGAUAUGGAAAAUAAAAUUCGUAAUACAUUGAAUGAAAUUUAUUUUGGAAAAACAAAGGAUAUAAUUAAUGGUUUGAGAAGCAUUCAGUCCCUAGCUGAUACAAACCAGCAGGCCGCAAUGAAGAAGGAUCUUGCAGCAGCACUCCUUCGAAGGACUGGAAAAGGAGACAAUUAGAAGGGUCAGCUGCACUUCAGUUCCAUUGUCAUCUUCAGCUACACACAGUACAUUCAACAUCAUCCUUUUAUCGUGCUAGCGUGUUUUUAUGCAGUGUAUGCUCAAUGCAAAUCUCUUCAUCUUGAUUUUCAAGACAAUGCAUUCAUAGAAUAUAAUUUUCUUCUAUAUAGACAAAAUGAUGAGUAAGCUUAAAAUAAUAUAAAUUGUAAUGGAGUUCAGUACAUUAAGUCUUCGUUGAAUAUUUUAUAGAAUCAUGCAUUAUUAUUCAGUCGCAAAAGAAACUUAUUCAAUACCGUAGUUUUGCGUAGCAUGGCGCAGCUGGUUUCGAGGAAAACCUGCAUCAAGCUGGAAACUUUUCAGCUGAAACAACUCCAGAUAACUUAGCAAUAUUGAAUGGAAAGUACGAUUUAAUUUUGAAUUUCGAAACUGUCAGCUUUUUUACAAGCUCCGCGUUUUAAUAAAAUUGUGAUUUAACGAUAUAAAGAACUAUAAGCUUUUAAUGCACAAACAUUAUGUAUUAAUAGUUCUGU